AGAAAUCAGCAGUGGUGUAGAGUAAACAGUGCCUCUGCUGUGUCUUUGACAGCCUUGUCCUGCUCUCUGAUUAUAUAUAACGUCAGGAUAUCGGAUAACAGAACGGCGGUGAGCUGCACCUGCUCGCGCGCGUCACACUGGUACAGCACGCGCCGCUCGCGCACACACUGACCUAACGCCUGCGGUGUGGCGAUAUAACUUGUCCACAGCGUUUAAUCGCUAAUUCAACGAGCAGGAGACAUGACAGCCCAGAAACAUAAACAAGGACUAGCUGAAAUCAGGGCCUUGGAGAAUAUUCUGGACGGAUGCAAACUUGACCUCAGCGCCGUCGAUGAGGUCUGGCCGAACUUGUACAUCGGGAAUGUGGCAAUCGCUCAGAACAAAAGUGCUUUAAGGAAGAUGGGCAUCACACACAUCCUGAACGCGGCUCAUGCCAAACAGGGCAGUAUAGGAGAUGAGAGUUACUACGGUACUGAGUUUGUUUAUCAUGGUAUACCAGCGGAAGACUCAGGCAAGUUUAACAUCAGCGUGCACUUCCGGUCAGCGUCUGACUUUAUUCACAAAGCCCUCAAGAAGAAAAACGGAAAAGUGCUUGUGCAUUGCAUUAUGGGAGUGAGUCGCUCGUCUACUUUAGUCCUGUCCUACUUAAUGUUACGUCAGCAUCUCACUCUCCGUGCUGCCAUCCAACAAGUCAUCCAGAAGAGACCGAUUUACCCUAACAGGAACUUUCUGGGUCUGCUGCUUGAGCUUGACACACAGCUACAGAGAAAAAGAAUGAUGUGUCCGAUUCUCUGACAGCACAUCACUGUCAGACCGACUAGUCUGUUUCAAUAGUUUUUUAGGAAAGAAAAUUUCACCUACUCCAUGUAAAAAUAGGAUUAUUAACAUUUUAAAACAUUUAAUGAAAUUCCAUGUGUAUAUGCACACAUACGUGUACAGUAUGUGUUUUAUUUAUAGUCACAUUUACGUAUAUAUGUUUUAUAUGUAUUUCUCAUGUCCUUCAUUUUUCAUUAUGGAAGAAAAUGUUCCUGCAAGUAAUAAGAAGGGGACAGAUCCAUGUGGAUAUAAGAAAGAGUCUGGAUAUUUCACUAUAUGACAAUGCGCACUUAAAGAAGUGUUUCAGGCCUUAUUCUUAACAGCAGUUCCGUUUAUAGCACAACAGAUAUAAUGGAGUAAUGACCUGUGUGUCCUUGUAAUGCUUGGAUCACAAGCCUCUCUGCCGCCUAAUCCUCAAACCUGCCAAGAGAACAAAUGUCAAAAGAAGAGUGCCUUCAGGCUGGCUGGCAAUACUCUGGGAUGUUAUGACUACAGCUCCGAACUGUGUGGAAGCACCAAACUGUGGAAGGAAAUCUGCUUCCUGGUGAGGAACUGUUUGAAGCAUCUGCAGUAGCUUCUUUCAUCCUGGUCUGAGAUGGAUUAAGAGUCUGUCCUGGGAAUACUGGGAAGGAGAAAGGAAUUCACCCCAGAUAGGAGGCCAGUCCACCACAGAGCCCACACACACACACACACACACACACACACAUUCACAAGUAGGGAAACUUCAGAAACAGAAAGAGCAAUUCACCUGUCAGUAUAAAACGUGCAUGGAUGUAGAGAGAACUUGAAUAGGAACUGUGAUCCAAGCUCAGGAGGAGAUCACCGUGCCACCUUGCUGUCCUUAAUUAAAGCAUCUAGACUUUAUUCAAACAUACAAAAGACUCUAGACAGGCUGUGCUGGAGAAGCAUGACAAAAUAAAGCUAUACAUGAUAUAUCAUAGUGCACAUUGUUAAAGACUGCGGUUAUACACUGCGGUUGUGUAAUUAUCCUCUAUUUAUUUGUCUUCAUUCAGAUUAGGGAUCCAGGGUUAAACAGUGGUAUUCUCUGCAAAAAGCCUUCAUGGCUUCAGGCUUUCAUUCAAACCAAAUAAGUCCCUCAAAUUAGUAACUUGAGGACCAAGAUCAAGAUUAAGGAGGCAGAAUCAGGAAUGUUUCUGGUUAGCUGGAGCCACACUGAAGAUCCCUGUUCUUGAGACUUGUGUAUGAAAUGCACUGUUGAGAAAGAAAACAUACGGAUGCAUUAUUUUUGUCAUUUGUUUUUAACCCUGUAACUGAUUUGAAAUGUUUUUAUUUCUACAUCAUGUCAAUUAGAUACAUUCUUAAGAUAACAUGUUUAACCGAUAAUUGAUGGCAGAACAUUAGAUCUGUGUCAGUUGUGUUUCAGUGGGGGGGGGGGGGUGUACAGUUUUGCUAAAUGUUUGUAAACCUAUUUCUAAGAUCAGUAUUUUGAACUGAUGUGUGAAGGAUGGUGAAGGAGGGACGAAUGAAAUUUUGAUUAAUACUCUUAAAGAGUCAUUCAUUUGUUUGACGUAACAGAAAACAAAUUCUCUCUGCUCUCUUUCCAAAGGAGUCAAAUUUCUACUGUUGUACAAACCAAAUGAAUAAAGGGUUGUUUACACAGUCUGAGACUGAAAUAUGGUUUGUAAAAUAAAGUGAGGGAUACGAUUCAGCCGUCUUUGUUGUUAGGAUUAAGCCCCAG